GCUCUCGCGGAAGCGGUGCGGUGGGGACGGGCUGGUGUCCGCGCUGGGCUAUUACAGAAUGACCUUGCACUGAGCCUUUGUGGAAGAAGCAAGAUUUAAACAUCAAUUCUUCAAUGUGCAUCCUUCUAUUCAAAUUUGACCCCCGACCAGUUUCAAAGAAUGCAUACAGGCUUAUUCUAGCAGCUAAUAGGGAUGAAUUUUACCACAGACCAUCCAAAUCGGCAGAUUUUUGGGACAGCAGCAAUGAGAUCCUUAGUGGUCUGGAUAUGGAGGAAGGAAAAGAAGGCGGGACAUGGCUGGGAAUCAGUAAGAAAGGCAAGAUGGCAGCCCUGACAAACUAUAUGCAGCCACAGAUUGAUAAAAAUGCAAAAGGAAGAGGUGCUCUUGUAACAAACUUCUUGACUGCAGAUCUGGACAGCUACUCUUACUUGAAGAAAGUUUCAGUAGAAGGACAUCUUUACAAUGGAUUUAAUUUAUUAGCAGCUGACUUGAAUACCACCAAAGGAGAUGUAAUUUGCUACUAUGGAAACAAAGGAGAACCAGAACCUGUUUUCCUAAAUCCUGGAAUAUAUGGAUUGAGCAAUUCUUUGUUGGAUACACCGUGGAAGAAACUUCAGUAUGGGAAGCAGCUUUUCACAGAAGUGGUCAAGAGAAGUCAAGACCUUACCAAAGAAGACUUGGUGCAGGAGCUUCUUACAGUGAUGAAUAAUCAAGAGCCUCAAUUACCAGACCCUGCAAUUGAAGACCAAGGGAAGGAUUAUAUACGUCCUAUAUUGAACAAGUAUGCAGCUGUAUGUGUUCGUUGCCCAGGUUAUGGAACAAGGACUAACACGGUCAUUCUCAUUGAUUCAGAAGGACGAGUUACUUUCACAGAGCGCAACAUGAUCAAUGCAGAUGUCAGCCAGUGGAAAACAAGCACCUAUGAAUUCAAACUGCACACUUAACAACUUUCCAUUGGAAUGGUUUGUAAUAAUAGCAAUGAGAGAACAAGCCAUUAAGCUCUAGUAAAUGUUUUGUGCCAGCCUCCACAAGCUGAAAAUAGCAAGGAAAGCAAAAGUUUAAAUAAACUGGUAGCAUACCCUAUCAGGCUCGCAAAUCCUUUGGAUAAAACCAAAAGAAGAAAACCGUUUUUACAUUAAGUAGGAACUCAUAAUCAGAAAUAAUUUUUUAAAUAUCACCCUGCCUCCAGGGCAAGGUCAUCUUUGCCCAAAACAGUCAUUGUUUUUUGUGGGUGGUGUUGUUUUUUUCUUCUUAAAGAUGUUUUAGUAGACUCUUAAACAUGUUUUCAGUUCUGAGGGGGGGAAACAUUUGCUGCUUUUAUUGUUCUAUAUGAAGGUUUUACCACACUUUGCUUUCCCUUCAACAUAUGCUUUUAAGAUUGUAUAGCUGAUGCUAAUGUGUGUCAUAUGAAUGUAUGUUAUCUUUGUAGCAUUAAGUGCUUUAAUAACAUUUAAACUUUUUAGCAGUGCCAUGGUACGAUGUUCUGCCUGGGGAGGGCAAAGCACGGGGCAUUCUUUACAUUUGUUUUCCUACAGAUAGUACAGCAAUACGUCUUAUUUUUAAAACUUGAUCUGAGAGUAGAUAGGAAAUGUAGUUUAGUGUCUGUUUGGUAUUACUGAAAAAAUCAUGGGAGCAGAUUUGCUUAUCUUUGACCGGAAUAAAAUUAUUUAUAUUGUGACAUCCUGUUUCCUGAUAGUCUAAUUAGCAAUAUUGGUUUUCUUCUUUUCUUCCCCAGCAGGCAGAUAAGGUACAGGUAUCUGUUUGCAAAGA